AUGUCUUCGUCUGGAUCGUUUACAGAGGGGAUUACCCGGUGGAUAUCGACCCAUAGAUCAGCGGUGAUCAUCACCUCACUGGUUGGUGCCUCCACUGUUGCUGGUGCCUACUAUUACUAUGUCUCGCAGGACUCAGACAAGGCAGCACCCAAGCCAAAGUCGUCAAAAUCCAAAAAAUCCAAGAAGAAACAGACCAAGGUGAAUGUUCCUACUGAUACCGUUUACCCUGUCAGUCAGACCACUGGAUUGCCCAGUUUUGGCUCUGCCGAAGUUGAGGCUCUCAGCGCAGAGGACAAGAACACCUGGGCUCUUGCUUUGAAGGAGCAGGGUAACCAGUAUUUCAAAGCUAAGAAUUACGAUGCGGCGAUCGCUUGUUAUGACUCUGCUCUGUUGUGCAAACUGGAUGCUGUGUACUAUUCCAACCGUUCCGCCUGCCACUCUGCUUUGAAGGAUGACGAGAAGACUGUUGAGGAUUGUACUGCUGCCUUGAAACUCAGACCUGAUUACACUAAGUGCUUUAUCAGACGUGCGGCUGCCUAUGAGAAUCUGGGCAAGUACGCUGAGGCCGAAUUCGACUUGACUGCUUACAGCAUCUACACCUCGUUCCAGGACAAGGCUGCCGAUGCCACUCUUGAACGUGUCUUGAAGAAACAUGCAGAAGCCGUCAUGGCUGAGAAGUAUGCGACUCCAUCUCACGAGCUUCCUUCUGCUGCCACUUUGAGUUCUUUCUUCUCUGUUUUGAAGGAGGAGUUGCCAAUUGAGGGUCUUCCAGAGACUCUAGAAGACGCCGAAGAAGGCUCCGGUGACUAUUUCUUGUUAGAGGGUAUUCAGCUCAUCAAGAAGGAUACCCCAGAGUCCUAUGAUGCUGCAGAUGUUGCUUUGAACCAAGCCUGUCAGAGAUAUGCCGAUGCCGAGCCUUCCUUGAAGGUUGCUAUUGCAUUCGAACUCCACGGAAGCAUGCUUUUCCUCAAACGUGCCAACGAUGAGGCUAAGAUUGCUUACGAGAAGGCCGUUUCCAUGUGCCCUGAAAGAGCUAGAUCGCAUAUUUUUCUUGGCCUACUUGGACUCGAUUCCAGCGAUGUCGAGGCCGCCACCAGAGAGCUCACCACUGCCCUCACCUUGGAGCCCGAAAACCCAGACAUUCAUUACCAAAUCGGCCAGUACAGCUAUUUCUCCAGAGAGCUCAACGAUGCCAAAAUGCAUUACGAGAAGGUUCUUGAGCUUAGCCCUGAUAAUCUGUAUGCUUACAUUCAGCUGGGUAGCACUUAUUAUAAGCUAGGCGAAGGCAAGAAGUGUGAUGAGAUUUUCACUGAGGCCAGAAGGAAGUUUCCAACUUCGGCAGAAAUUCCAUAUUACUAUGGUGAGGUUUUGCAAGAUCGUGGACAACUUGAGCUUGCAAAGAAGGAGUUCGACACUGCAGCCAGACUCCAAGAGGUUCUCCCCACUUUCAACGUGGGUGCACGUCCUUUGCUGAACAAGGCACAGCUGGUUAUAAGCGAAGCCCAACAGCAGAUGAUUCCAACUUCGUUGUUGGAUAAGUUCGAGGAAGCCAAGAAUAUUUUGGUCUCUGCUGCCGAGGUUGAUCCAAAGAGCGAAACCGUCAAGCUCAUUUUGGGUCAAGUUUACUUGCAACUGCAAGACGUUAACAAUGCUGUUUCUAACUUCCAAGAAGCUGCCCGCCUUGCUGGUACUGAUGAAGAUAGACUUCAAGCGAUUGCCCUUUACCUGGCUGCUGAGAUGCAGAUCCGCACCAAGGAAGAUCCUGUGUUGAACAACAAGCUGAACGAGCUGAUGCUUGCUCACUCCAUGGGCGCCGGCUUUUAA